UUGUUCGGUGAUUAGUGGUCGUUUAAUUAAUUAAUAAAUCCGGUCAAAAUUCAAUAAAUUGUUAAUAUUUUUGCAUAAAUAUAAAAUUUAAAUAUUUGUUAAUCGUUGUGUGUAAAAAGUUUGUUAAAAAGAUAAUUGUAAAUUAGUAAAAUAGUUUUGCUAAUGUGUAUGGAAUAUGGUAAAACGCAGAGCCGAUCGGUGUGUUGCUUUAGUUUGGCCAUUCGUUGUUAAUACGUACGGGUAGAGGAGUGUGUUAAGUUUAUUGGUUGGUUGUUGAGUGGAAAAAAAGUUUGUUAAUGAGAAAUGAAAAGCUUUUAUCAGUUUUGUAAAAUAAUGAAGAAGUAAAAUAAUUUCAAAUAAAAAAAGCUUUCAAUUAUAGUAAAGGAAAUGAGAAGGAAAUCAAGUGUAGAUCUUUGUAAGCAAAAAAAAGCUAAGAAAUUAAAGAAAAAUAUUGUAAAAAUAAAUAAAAAAGCUUUGAAAUAAAAGAUAAAAAUUAAAUUACAUAAAAAAGCUAAUGAAAAGUUUGAGAAAAAUAGGAAUAUAAUUGUUGCCGGAAAGGAAAUAGGUGUUAAAUAAGUCGACCAGACAUAAUUCACUAAAAUCUCAAUUACUUAGUAAGCAGCAAAUGAAUAACAAUUUAAAGGCCAACACUGAGCAAGCAAUCAACAACGAUCUAGACACUUCAAUGACAGCCAUUGAUGUUAUGCUGAAUAAUAUACAUGGUCAGAUAGAAGGUGGUAUGUACAUUUUAACAACUAAAACUGGACAAGUAAAAAAAUGCAACGAAACCAUAAAUGUAAAAGUCGAUGAGGAAAAUAAGAAACUACAUGAACGUUUCUAUGAAAUGAUUACUAGAGAUGUGAUGACAUUGAAACCUUAUCAUGAAGUUGAAGAAGCUAUAAAUGAUUUAAAGCAUAAAACAGAUUGCUGCCUAGAGAAGUGGCAAAAAGAAAAAGAAUUAUUUAAUAGAAUACUACAUAAUCGUGUCCAGGACUUUAUACAGAUAAGAGAUGUUAUUAAUAUGUUGGAGCCACUGGAAAAAGAAGUGAUGCUUCAUAUUAAAAACUUGAUGAAAACCGUUGAACAACAAUUGAAUACGUUUGGUUUAGAGCGUAUCGAAGAGGCAAAUGAAAACUCUAACGAAUCAAAGGAUUUGCUUAAAGAUAUAGAUAAUUUGAAGACACAACUAAAUAUAAAUUAAAGAAUAUUUAAAUAAAAUUGUAGUAGUUUAAGUUUAUAACAGUUAAAAGGUCUCAACUAAAGAACAAUUUUUAAAUUUCAAUUUAAUAAAUCGUUGAAUUACAUAUUUAAAGCUUUUAAAGAAACUUAAUAUUUUUCAACCAGAAAUUGUAUCUUGAAGUAAGCAGAAUCUAAUUUUAAUAUAGGUUUCGGAUAGGUAUCUAGUUCUUGUAUUAACUUAAAGGUAUGGA